AUGCCCAAGUGGACCAAAGAUGAGGAUUCGCAAUUGCAACAGCUUGUCGUCGCAGCCUCGGGGGCGGAGAUCGACUGGGACAACAUCUCGCAAGUGCUCGACAACGGCAGGACCGGGGUCCAGUGCUGUUCCCGCUGGCAGAAGGUUCUGCAUCCACAGACAAUAAAGGGGGCGUGGACUCCGGAGGAGGAUCAGAAGAUGGUGGAAUUGGUCGGGCUCUUCGGCCCCAAGCGUUGGUCGGCGAUAUCCCAGCGCUUCCCGGGAAGAAUCGGCAAGCAGUGCCGUGAGAGGUGGAAUAAUCACCUUGACCCGGCCCUGUCCAAGGCCCCCUGGUCGGAAGAGGAAGACCGGAUUAUCAUCGAAACCCAAGCCAUACACGGCAACAAGUGGGCAGAGAUGUCGAGGCUGCUCCCUGGAAGGUAUUGACACAAGGACCUACGGUUGUUUGUUGAUUGUUGCAGGCUCGACGCUCCAAGCUCUCAAUUUUUUUGCGUGUGGUGCCUCCUGUCAGCAAUGCCAUGGUGUAUAUCUUGACAUGGCGCACUCUGUGCGAUAGGAAGAUAAAUUUACAUAUUGACAAACAAGAACCAAGGCACGUGAGAGUGUAAUUGCCGGUUUCGCUGGACACGACUCAUUGUGUGCUGUCUGAUACUCGCAUGAUUCAGAGCCAUGUGAAGAGGAUCGCUUUUAAUUUGCGAUUGGUAAAAAUUGUCAGUGCUUAGCGGUCCCGAUGUCUACCGUUCAGGAGGUGGGGGUCGGAUUGCGCUAAUGCUAUGGUUGCCGUACUUAGCUGUACCCAAACACUAGGAUACCGUAGUAGUAUGGUCACUUUUCCGUCUAGCCCGACCUUGCGUACUUGAGGGAUUCAUGUGCAGGCGAUCGUGACUUUUUCGGUGUCGCUCCCUUGUAUCACAUCCUAGCUCGUGCUGUGCUCGCAACUGCCGUCAUGCAUGCGCACAAGAGUAGACAAGAUGCUCCCGUUCGUGUGGGGCUUGUAGCAACUCCAACUAUGCCUUUUUCUUCUCGACGUACGUAGGACCGACAACCACAUCAAGAACCACUGGAACUCGAGCAUGAAGCGGCGGCUGCAGAUGUACCUCGAGAAGACCUACGGCUCGGCCUACGGCGACGUACCGGGACAGGGACAGCCGUCUGGCAAGGCAGAGGCGACACCCUCUCCCCUACUGAUCGCGGGCGAGAGCGGCGGCAAGGGGAAGAAGGGGAGAGCUGCCAAGCACAAGCAAAACAAGUCGCCAACCUUUGUGCCAGAGGGCGGGCGGUUUCACCUAAGGUAUUUACAGAAUGCAUGUUGGCCACGUUGUACAAUGUUGUAGUCAUUGGCGUAUAGUCUGAUUGCAGCGGCCACAGGCGGCGAGGCAAGUCUCUUAAGGGGGUGUGCCACUCUGAUACCAUGCUCGAUGUGCAUUGCUCGUGUCGAAGCGUGAUCUCAAGGAUUCCAUGUAAUCGUCCCUGAGCCUCCUCCCUUCUGUCCCCGUCCCUACCCGACACACUGGGGGCUGUUUUGGCUGCGUUCGUUUUUGGAGCAGGGG